GUGUACCUCCAACCUCAAGACAUGUCCUGCUGUGACCAGUGUGCGCCAUGUCAGCCCUGUGGCCCCACCCCUCUGGCCAGCAGCUGCAAUGAGCCCUGUGUCAGGCAGUGCCAGAACUCCACCAUUGUCAUCCAGCCCUCUCCUGUGGUGGUGACCCUGCCCGGACCCAUCCUCAGCUCCUUCCCACAGAACACCGCCGUGGGAUCCUCCACCUCCGCUGCUGUUGGCAGCAUCCUCAGCUCUGAGGGAGUGCCCAUCACCUCGGGGGGCCUUGACCUCUCCUGCAUUUCCAACCGCUACUGUGGCAGAAGGUGCAACCCCUGCUAAAGAUGCUGAACACUGACCAAGACAAGGAUGCCCAGGAACUCUGAA